AUGGCCAUGGAUUGCUUCUUGAUGGUCAUCGCCAACACCGUCUACACCGGCGGGACGGCCAUGAUGGUCUACGCGUUAGUCUACCUGGCGCGGAAGCCCCACAGCAAGGGCUCCAUCGUUGCGGUCUCCGUCUACCUCCUGUUCAUGAUCAGCCUCACGGCCUGCGUGUACAGGGCCGCCUAUCGCGACUUCUUCCAGCGGUCGGCGCUGCGUUGGUGCUUGGCCUCCGCCCACAGGGCACUCCAUGGCGCGGGCCGACUUCUCUGCUCGUCGUGCCUGUGCGCGUGCGCCCGUGGAAGCGGCGGCAUCGCUCUGCCGCAAUUUCUGGACCAGACAACGAGUCACAUGCCCGCGCUGGUCCGGGAGCCACCGGUGCAUGGUGGCGCGCGGGUGGUGACGGUGUAUGGCAUCCCGGCGUACGAGCAGCCGGAGGGCGGCGGUGGGUCGGAGUGCGUGAUCUGCCUCGGGAAGGUGAAGAAGGGGGACGCGGUGAAGCGGAUGCCGGCGUGCCUGCACAUGUUUCACCAGCAGUGCAUCGACCCGUGGCUGCACGAGCACUCGACGUGCCCGGUCUGCCGGUGCAACAUCUUCGCGCCGUUGCCGGCCGAAAUGCAAAUGGUAUGA